AUGGAGUCGACCGACCGUUCCAAAAAAAAUCAAAAUGAUGAGAAAUCUACGAAUGAGAAUGUUAGAACUAAAAAUUCUCAAUCUUGCGAUUAUUGUAGACAUAAAAGGGUUAAAUGCAAUUAUAAAAGCGGUGUUCAAUGUAGCGAGUGCAUCAAAUAUAACGAAGUUUGUACAUCCAAACCCCCGAAAAAGAGGGGCCCUAAAGCUAAGAAUGAAACUGAUUCAAGCACUCAAUCUAAUGCCAAUAGGGAUUUACGAAGCUCAAUUUUGCAAUUUAAAAAUGGAAAUAAACAGCCUUUAUUCGAUUUAAUUGAAGAAGCUCUGACAAAUGAACACUGUGUUGAUAACGAACGAAUAUUAUCCAAUUUAAUUAUAAACGAAAAUUUGAGCGGAAACCCUUUAAACAAUGCCGAAACUCUGCCAAGAAGGAAUUCUUCAGUAAAUAAUGAACAAAGAUUAUCGGUUGUAACUCGACCAUCUAGAACCACCAGGCAACCUUCUCCGACUCGCGAAAACCGUCAAAUGAGGCAAGAUAACAGAAUCCGUGGAUAUAGUGCUGGUGUUCAUAGUAGUGCCUCUCAUUCAAAUCCUUCAAGUCCUUCAAGUCCAAUUUAUGUUUCAAUGCAGUCGGAGGGCGAACCUAAUUUACAAUAUUCGGAAAUAACUCAACACAAUGCCUCAGAUUUAAGUUCUUCCUUAAAUACUGAUACCCCUGAAUUUGAUCAAGCGAAUUAUAUAACUUAUCAGCCUCUCAAUUAUAGCACAUCGAGUCAAUUAUUACCUUUUAUCGAUGCACCGAUUAUAUCAGAAAAUGUAUCGCCUGAUGUUAAUUUCCCAUCAGGGAAUGUAUCACCUGAUGUUAAUUUCUCAUUUAUUGGAUCAGGAAAUGUAUCACCAGUUGUUUAUUUCCCAUUAACUGGAUCAGGAAAUCUAUCACCUGUUGUCAAUAUCCCAUUGAUCGUAACAGGAAAUGUAUCAUUGUCUCAAAUUAUUGGAAUAGGAAAUGUAUCACCUCAUAUUAGUUCCACUAUAGUUUCUCAAGUCCCACCAAUGUCACCGUUGGACUUGGGUGAUACUCUUCUAAAUUCUACCACGAAUCUCCAGGCCACACCACCAUUGGAAUUAAUAAAUACAUUACCUAUCCAUCCCAGCAUGGUUUUCGAAAAUAUGUCAUUGGGAGAAAUAGAUCAAUCUGUUCUUUUCAAUUCUAACGCGUAUCAAAUGCCCAAUUCAGAAGUGGAUCAAUCAUUUCUUGCCAAUUCCAAUGAAAAAAGUCAAUAUUUGACAAUUCCAAUGCAGAACAAAUACUCAACUUUUAUGAGAUGA